AUGAUUUACACGGCAAUUGACACAUUUUAUCUUACGGACGAGCAGCUAAAGAACUCACCUUCUAGGAAAGAUGGACUAGAUGAAGCCACUGAAAAAACCCUUAGAAUCUAUGGCUGUGAUCUCAUCCAAGAAAGUGGCAUUUUACUAAGAUUGUAUCCUUUUUCAUAUGUUGUACCUCAAGCAGUGAUGGCCACCGGUCAGGUUUUAUUCCAGCGUUUUUAUUGUAAGAAGUCAUUUGCUCGGUUUAAUGUGAAGAGAGUUGCUGCUAGUUGUGUUUGGCUUGCAUCCAAACUUGAGGAAAGUCCUAGGAAAGCAAGACAUGUCCUUAUUGUUUUCCAUAGAAUGGAAUGUAGGAGGGAGGGUUUACCAAUAGAGCACUUGGAGCCNCAUGCUAAUCAAUUAGACAAACUAUUCACAUAA